CAAUGCCUGCAUGUGAAAAUGAGAAGAACGUGGAGAAACACUGUCACCACGGGGAAGUAACUUUACUCUGCUGCUACCUUUAUUCUGGUCUGAGCAGAUAGUGAAUGGAUAUCUACUGUUUUUUGACAAUGGAUCAAGAUGCUCACUUCUAACAGAUCACAUGCAGCCAUCAGGAACAGUGCAACAGCUAAUGUUUGCCUGGAUUUGGAGCAUCCAUGCUUCUGUACAUGCUUGUCUUCAUGGCGUAUCACAGCAGCAGAUGGAUACCCCGGAACCAGAGGUUAAAAUUUCAGAUAGUGAAUGCAGUGUUCACGGCAGUUGUCCUGGUUCCUCAGCUCUACGUCAUGGGAAGGCCAAAAUCCUCAAGAUACUGCAGGCAGCCGCUUCUGAACAACCUGUCAGCCUCUAUUGCUUUGUCCUUCAUAGCUUCAGGUUUUUCAGUGAUAUUCACAUUGAUGGACCCAGUUCCUCAGAGUUUGUGGGCUGCCUAUCAUGUGUUUGGUCUGUUGUCAUGUGGACAAGGGCUGUGUACUGCCAUCCUGACUCUGACAGCAGCCGCAUGUGCCAAAACCACCCCAGAGCUGUACUACAUGUCCCUUACUCUAACAGUCGCCUCUACUUUAAGCACAGGUUUUUUCAUGGUGAGAGGAGGACUGUGGUUAACUACAAGGCGGCCUUUGACGGACCAAAGCAGAGGCUAAAAUGAGUGAUAAAACAGUCCAGCUGUCCCACAUUGACAUCUGAUACUGCACAUAUAAAGAAUUCAUGAGGUUUUCAUGCCGCCAGCAGCCGGUAACUUUAAACCAUGAGGAGGGAAAAAAGGCAAGUGACUUAAUCCACCUUAUAUUAUAAUCCCCACAUCAGAAAAGCAGAUGUCUUGACUGUUUAAAGUUUUUGCUUUUUAUUUGUUGAUGGGUUCUGGUUAUAUCUGGCAAUUUCAUGUGACAAUUUGCCAUAGGAAGCUAAUAAAAAUGUGGUUCAAACAGUACAUUCAAAGUACAAUUAUACAUAUAAUAAGAAUACAGAUGUGAAUCUGCAUACAGUACUGAAAGUGAUGUUUAUUUCAUUGGAAAAACAAAACUGCAAUAAAAAAAUUAUAGCAGGAAAAUGAAAAGCUUUACUGAUUUGUAAAGCAAACAUGUCCAGGUUGCAUUGAUAAAAAUAAAGAAAAAGGAUUGCUGCACCAAAACACAAGUGAUCUCCAUCGUCAAGAUGUUCUCAACAAAAAGUGGGAGAGCUGCUCAUGCAUAAGAAAAAAAACCUAAACUGUAAAAUCCAGUUGAUGCAAAAUGUAGAUUUAUUUUACCUGCUAUCUUCCAUCACUAUCUGAUCACUGGUUUAAAACACCAGAAAUUAUUUUAAACUCUUAGAUUACACUUACUAUAUAUCUGUUUGUAACUUUUUCACUUUUUAGUCAAACUUUAAAGCAAGAAGAACAUUAAAAAGGCAUGAAAAGAUUAUCCAAACACUUCAAAAUGCAAUCAUGUAGAGAAAAUUAUUUGAUAUUUCUGUGUCCUAGAAGAGAAAGUCACUGUUGCAUCAUAUGGUGCCAAUGUGAUGGAAGAAUUGCUGCACCUCAGGAAAUGGAAAAUAAUAUUUUGUAGAUUUUCAUUUUAGUCUUUUAAAUUGUAUUCAUGCUGACAGAUUCGCUGCUGACUAGCCGUUUUUGAGGAGAUGAGGACACCUGGAAAAUCUUUACAGCCUAAUGGUUACAAAAACACUGCUGCUGAAACUCAGCAGCAUCCAGCUUGUAUUUAAGAGAAUCUUCAAUGGAUGAACUAUUAACUUGAAUCUUGUUUUUGGAUCCAUUUGGACUUAAAAAAAAAAAAAAAAGCACCAGUAGAUCAUAUGCAUAGACUAUUCUUAGAGGAAUGUCACUGUAUAAAGGACAGGAAUGUACUUUAUAUUCACAAAGCACCAAAUAUUUGAUAUCACCUGAAAGAUUUUUGUUACAAAUGUGUUUAUUCAUAUUAAUGAUGAAUAAAAUAUAUUAUCUGUGGGA